GAGGCUCUCUCAGUGGUGAGUGAAGAUCAGUCACUCUUUGAUUCUACCUACGGAGCUGGUGCUCACCUUUCCAAAGCAGACAUGACAGCCUCAGGGAACCCGGAUUAUGGUCAACCACACAAGAUCAACCCUUUACCGCCCCAGCAAGAGUGGAUCAAUCAGCCGGUGCGCGUCAAUGUUAAGAGGGAAUAUGAUCAUGUGAAUGGAUCCAGGGAAUCUCCAGUGGAUUGCAGUGUUAACAAAUGCAACAAAAUGGUUGGUGCUGGUCCAGAAUCCAACCCUUUGAAUUAUGGUACCUACAUAGAUGAGAAGAACGGACCUCCCCCUCCCAACAUGACCACCAAUGAGAGAAGAGUCAUUGUUCCAGCAGAUCCCACAUUAUGGAGUCAGGAUCAUGUGCGUCAGUGGCUAGACUGGGCUAUUAAAGAAUAUGGCUUAAUGGAGAUUGAUACCAACCUCUUCCAGAACAUGGACGGCAAAGAACUGUGCAAGAUGAACAAGGAGGAUUUCCUCCGGAUCACUUCCCUCUACAACACAGAAGUCCUGCUGUCUCAUCUCAGUUACCUCAGGGAAAGUAGUUCCUUGCUGUCUUACAACACACCAACUCACACAGAUCCAUCGCCUCGCAUCAAUACCAAAGAAGAUAACUCCUAUGAUGCUGUUCGAAGAUCAGGAUGGGGUAAUAAUCUGAAUUCCAGCCACAAUAAAAGUCCUCCUCUAGGUGGGACACAAAAUGUAAGCAAAAACGGAGAACAACAGAGACCCCAGCCAGAUCCAUAUCAGAUCUUAGGGCCCACCAGUAGCCGUUUAGCCAAUCCAGGGAGUGGACAGAUUCAACUGUGGCAAUUCCUCCUUGAACUGCUGUCAGACAGUUCCAACGCUAGCUGUAUCACGUGGGAAGGCACCAAUGGGGAAUUCAAGAUGACCGACCCUGAUGAAGUGGCCAGGCGCUGGGGAGAACGCAAAAGCAAACCCAACAUGAAUUACGACAAGUUGAGUCGAGCCCUCCGAUAUUACUACGACAAGAACAUUAUGACCAAAGUGCACGGCAAGCGAUACGCUUACAAAUUUGACUUUCACGGCAUCGCUCAAGCACUUCAGCCUCACCCUACUGAAUCAUCAAUGUAUAAAUAUCCGUCGGAUCUCUCUUACAUGCCUUCGUACCACACACACCAGCAGAAAAUGAACUUCGUCCCUCCCCAUCCAUCCUCUAUGCCGGUCACUUCCUCUAGUUUCUUUGGCGCGGCGUCACCAUACUGGACUUCUCCUGCUGGAAGUAUUUAUCCAAAUCCCAACGUACCACGCCACGCUAAUUCUCACAUGCCUUCCCAUCUAGGCAGCUACUACUAAAUGCUUUCUGUCUUCGGUGAACUUUCUCGUUUUGAUUGGU